AUGACUUCACCUUGCAUCAAGGAAGUCUCUAGAGCCUGUUUCAGACGUUGCUGCCCGACUCAAAUACUCGGGCUGCCCGAGAAACAGAGUCCAGAACAAACGAUUUCACCUUCCAGGUAUGAUUUCAUUGCUGCAACAGCCUUUUCGCUUCCUCCAAAUGCUCAAUUCACUAACCAUGAAUCAUUACCCGACCUCGAACGAUCGUUUUCCACCAUGAAAAAAGCUUACCCUCACUACCCGGAGACUGACCGAGCUGACCGAAUCCGGAGUGACGAAUUCUAUCACCUCUCGAACAAUAACCAUGUAUGUCUUGAUUACAUUGGUCAUGGGUUGUUUUCGUAUUCGCAACAGUUACAUUCCAAUGCGCCUUUUUUCAAUAUUAUAUACAAAUCAGUGAAUUUGUAUGCACAGAUUACGCAUGGUGGUCAAGAACAGGAAUUUGAAUCGGUUAUUAAAGAAAGGAUUUUUAGGUUUAUGAAUAUUUCUUCGGAUGAUUAUUCUUUGGUUUUUACAGCUAACCAGUCAUCAGCAUUCAAAGUGUUGGCAGAUAAUUACCCUUUUCAUACAAAUCGUAAUCUUUUGACUGUAUAUGACCAUGAAAAUGAAGCUGUGGAAACCAUGAUUGAGAGUUGUAAGAAAAGGUCAGGGCGAGUUGACUCGGCCCUGUUCUCGUGGCCUAACAUGAGAAUCCAAUCGAAAAGACUCAGGAAAUCGGUUUCGGUUGUGGAUAAAAACAAAAAGAAAAAGAAAAAAAAGGGACUUUUCGUUUUCCCGCUUCAAUCUAAAGUUACGGGAACACGAUACUCGUAUCUAUGGAUGAGUUUAGCUCAAGAAAACGGGUGGCAUGUUUGUCUUGAUGCCAAUGCAUUUGGAGCAAAAGACAUGGAGACAUUAGGACUCUCUCUUUUCCACCCAGAUUUCUUAAUCUGUUCAUUUUACAAGAUUUUUGGAGAAAACCCAUCUGGAUUCGGGUGUCUUUUUGUUAAAAAAACAAGAUCAACGAUUCUCAAUAACUCAUCUACAACCACAGGAUUGGUUAACAUUGUUCAAGCUUCUAACCGCCCUCUGUUUCUCCAACAAUCCGGGAGUCUCAAUACAUACGGAAAACGAGAAGACAUAGCCAUGGCAAGCUCAAGCUCCACCUCCAGCUCAUCACUCUCCAAUCAAGAAACCUUCGAAAUACAAGAAAUCAAAGGAAUUAAUAAAGAAAAGACGGAAUUGUCCCUUUCUGAUCUCUGGAAACUGGAUAAAUCCGUUGACAAAAACGAAGCAAGCACCAGUGGGGUUACCUCAGAUAUCGAGUUUCGUGGGUUAGAUCAUGCAGACUCGUUAGGUUUGAUAUUGAUAAGUACGAGGGUAAGGUACCUGGUCAACUGGCUGGUCAAUGCAUUCGGUAGUCUUCACCAUCCACAUUCGGAAGACGGGGUGCCUUUGGUUAGGGUUUAUGGGCCAAAAGUGAGGGUGGAUAGAGGUCCUGUGGUGGCUUUUAAUGUGUUUGAUUGGAAAGGAGAAAAGGUUGAACCUACACUUGUGCAGAAGUUAGCAGAUAGACAUAACAUUUCUCUUACUUAUGCGACUUUAAAACAUGUUAGUUUUGUGGACAAGAAUUGUGAAGAAAAGGAAAGAUUAGUAGAGGUAAAAGGCAUUGAGAAUGAAGGGCGUAAUAGUCCGAUGAACAAAAGGAAAGAGAAGAUAGAGAUAGGGAUACCUGUGAUCAUGGCUACAGUUGGGUUUUUGACAAAUUUUGAAGAUGUUUAUAGAGUGUGGGUGUUCGUUUCAAGGUUCUUGGAUGCAGAUUUUGUGGAGAAAGAAAGGUGGAGAUAUAUGGCGCUUAAUCGGACAACUGUUGAGGUUUAG